AUGAGGGUGCUCUUCGCAGCACUUGUGCUGGCGUUCAUCUUGGGAACCACUUGCGCACAGGAGUCGGUGAGCGACAAGCAAGUUUCGGACGGCUACGAUACGAUCCACCAGUUGGGCAAGAAGCACGAUCUGUCCGCCAUCCGCGUCAAGAAGGAUGGCACUUACGAGGGCAAGAGGCGUGGCGACGGUCAAGUCAUGCAGGUCGACAUUCCGCUCGACCCGCACGUGCUCGCCGAGAUCAAACGACGCGACGCGCGCCGUAUCGAGGAUCAGUCGAAGCUCCAGGCUAAUCUGCUCCAACCUCCCAGCAAGGACUAUUUGAUCGCCGUCUGCAUCCCCACCAUAUGCCAGUUCGAAAGCGACAUUUGCAGCAGGCUCAUCUCGAGCUACAUCAAACGUAUGGGCAACGAUCGAAGCUUCAGAGGACCAGUCGUCCAGCAAGAGCCUGUGAGAGUGCGCGUCGAUACUUGGAUUCGUAUGAUCAUGGAUCGCCGAGCUCCCUCCAUGGACUGGGACGAGCUUGAAAGAGCGAUGAGGACGGAAAUGUGCUACCUUCUUGACGGGGUGGUGCGGUCCAGCAUCUUCAGGGUGCCUUGCGUCAAGUUCGAUGACCAAUUCUUGCUUCGCAUGCUCCCUUCGUACGGCGGCUGCUGCCUCGAGCGAAUCUCCGAGUUCUACGACAGGAUGGACGCCGACUACAACGCCCGGCAUUGA